AGCGUUAGCUUACCAAGUAAGUACUAGACCAUUUUAAAGCACUAGAAUUUUGGCACUCCCGACAAUCAGUAUACGGACCGGAAGUCUGGCGGUACUCCCUGCAUUUGUUGGCAACGUCUUCCGCCCAUUCGAAUAUUCCAUCAUCUGCCGUACGCUAAUUUCGUCGCCAAGAAGAUGAGUCUGAAUUCAUCGUGCAGGUCCGCCACAUCGAAUUCAAAUUCGAAGCGGAGCGUGACCUCAAACUCUAAUUCCAACCCUUCCACUUCGGGCAAUAACAGCUGUCGAAAUAAUGACAAGAGAAACAGGAAGCGGAAAACUGACCAAAAUCAGAAAACCCUAGGCAUGGCUUGGGGAGCAAAUUCUCGAUCUUCUUCCGGCUCCGCCUUUCGCAAUUCACCCUUCCCCGAUUUCGGCAGUUACAUGGUUAUGAAGAAUCAGAAGCUACAUCAACAGUUUGAUGCUGAGGCUUCAUCUUCUUCAGUUAGUGGUGCUUGUUCUGGAAAACCCAUAUUUGAUGGAGUAUCUAUUUUUGUUGAUGGAUAUACAGUGCCUUCUAGCCAGGAACUAAAAGGUUACAUGUUGAAGUAUGGAGGACGCUUUGAGAAUUACUUUUCGCGCCAUCAUGUUACUCAUAUUAUCUGCAGUAAUCUUCCUGACAGUAAAAUUAAGAAUUUAAGGUCCUUCAGUGGCGGACUUCCAGUUGUUAAACCUACAUGGGUGCUGGAAUCUGUUGCUGCCAAUAAAUUGUUAAGCUGGAUACCUUACCAGCUUGAUCAGCUUGCGAGUGAAACCAAGAAACAACCAAAAUUAUCAGCAUUUGGUUUCAAAUCUGGCCCAGUCCUUGAUGAUUUGGAAGAAUCUAUAAGCGGCCAAGCGGUGCCUCAAUCUGGUAUUGCAACAUUGAGGACUAGCUGCAGUUUGGACGCUAAUAUAUUUGGCAAGGCUGAAUGUACUGAAGAGGUAGAGGAGUGUCAUUCAGUUUCUGAUGACCCCUUUCAUCCGAAUGCUGCCGAAUCAACAGAUCAAGCACCAACUUAUUACAUGGAAAAUCACUGUGAGGUGGAAUUGGAUGCUGCUGUGGUGGGUCAAUCCGAUGCUGGAUAUCAUUCGCACAUAAGUCCUUGUCAAGAUCCUAAGUCAGACCAUAACGACUGCUUGGAAGAUCACAUAAUUGAGGAGUCAUCGAGUUCCAAAACCAUUAGGCCCAGUACAACAGGGCAUUCAACUCUUUCAGAUGCAAAUUUUGUGGAAAACUAUUUUAAGUUUUCUAGGCUGCAUUUUAUUGGCACUUGGAGAAACCGUUAUCGUAAACGUUUUCUGAGCUCUGCUAAUGGUUUUAAGGAUAUGAAUCCCAGUCGUAAUGCUUUUGCAACAUCCCAGAAAACUACCAUUAUCCAUGUGGACAUGGAUUGCUUCUUUGUAUCAGUGGUUAUUAGGAAGCACCCUGAUUUGAAAGAUAAGCCCGUUGCUGUUUGCCAUUCAGAUAAUUCUCGAGGAACUGCUGAGAUUUCUUCUGCAAAUUAUCCUGCUCGAAAUCAUGGGGUGAAGGCUGGAAUGUUUAUUAGAGAUGCUAAGGCCCUUUGUCCUCAGCUUGUCAUUUUGCCAUAUAAUUUUGAUGCUUAUGAGGAGGUGGCUGAUCAAUUUUAUGAUAUUUUACAUAAGCAUUGCAACAAAGUGCAGGCUGUUAGCUGUGAUGAAGCAUUUAUAGAUGUCACUGACUUAAGGGUAGAGGAUCCUGAGCUUUUUGCCAGAGCUAUUAUGACAGAGAUUCAUGAAACCACAGGAUGCACUGCGAGUGCUGGAAUUUCUGGGAGUAUGCUUAUGGCUCGUGUCGCAACAAGGAUUGCAAAAGCAGAUGGCUUGUGCUACAUUCCUUCUGAAAAGGUGGAUGAUUAUUUGUAUGAGCUUCCAGUUAAAGCACUUCCUGGAAUUGGUCAUGUUUUAGAGGAGAAAUUGAAAAAGAAGCAAAUAAAUACUUGUGGCCAGUUACGUUUGAUCUCCAAGGAAUCUCUUCAAAAAGAUUUUGGUGUGAAAACAGGCGAUAUGCUCUGGAAUUUCAGCAGAGGGAUUGAUAAUCGGUUGGUUGGAGUGUUUCAGGAAAGCAAAUCCAUUGGUGCGGACGUGAACUGGGGUGUGAGGUUCAAUGAUUUGAAUGAUAUGAAGGAUUUCUUAUUGAAGCUUUGCAAGGAGGUGUCAUUACGAUUGCAGGGAUGCGGACUUAAAGGCCGCACCAUUACCUUGAAGAUAAAGAAGAGAAGAAGUGAUGCUGGGGAGCCAGUGAAGUAUAUGGGCUGUGGUGACUGUGAGAAUCUAAGUCGUUCUGUCACGCUCCCAAUGGCUACAGACGACGUGGAUGUAUUUCAGAGGAUAACAGCUCAGCUUUUUGGAUAUUUUCAUAUAGAUGCAAGAGACAUUAGAGGAGCGGGCUUGCAGGCAUCUAAACUUGAAAGUGCUGACAGGAAUAUGCGAGGGCAUGAGAAGUACUCCAUUCGAUCUUGGCUAGUCUCCUCACCAGCAAGGAAAAGUAGUAUGGGCAAAGAUGUUAGUGAACAUAUGAAUGGUGCAGGCAAGGGUGAUCAGUUAUACUCUGAUAUUGGACCUCCAGUUCAAGCGAAGGGUAGUUUUUCCGGUGGGGAAGCACAUGUUGCGCAUCGUGCAACUCUCCCUGCUCUACAUGAUCUUGAUGUUGGAGUGAUAGAGUCUCUUCCUCCUGAAGUUUUAUCAGAGAUUAAUGAUCUGUAUGCAGGGGAGUUAAUAAGCUUCAUUUCCAAGAAGAAAGAGAAAAAUGCUGGGAACAAUGUGAUGGAUGAAGAACAAUCUCUUUCCAAUCCAUUGGUGCCCCCAAAUAAGGAUUUUGUUCAUGAUGUGGCUGAAAAGAUCAAGUCAUCUGAGAAAGAAGAUGAACAGUAUAUAAACAAAAUGAUCCAAGGGUUGCCAGAAACCUCUGGGUCAGUUACUGCUCUACUUCCAGAGACAGACAGCCUUAUGCCAUCAUCAUUAAGUCAAGUCGAUUCAUCAGUGUUGCAGCAAUUGCCUGAAGAGCUUCUAGCAGACGUACUUGAGUCUCUUCCUGCCCAUAGGAGGCCAGAUUUUAUGUCAAAUGAUGUAUACUUGGACCAUAUUAGGGAUCAGACUGGAGCAAUUGAUUUCCUGCCGAGCAAUAAUCUCUGGGUUGGAAAUCCACCAAGAUGGGUUGACAAUUUUAGACUCAGCAGUUGUCAGCUGUUGAAUCGAAUAGCAGUUUUGUACAACAAGUCUAGCCCUCGUGGUCAGCUUUCAUCUGUAUUGCAGCUUAUUAUGUCUGAGUAUCCCUUAGAUGAUGGAGGGGAUGACGCAGUUAAUUGCUUGUGUGAGCUGAUGAAGCAAUAUAUUAAGCUUAAAAUUGAAACUGAUGUUGAAGAGAUAUAUACUUGUUCUUGCCUUUUAAGAAGGUUGACUUCGAGGUCAGAAUUGUUCUUACAGGUUUAUAAUUGCAUCAUUCCUCACCUUCAGGCUGCUGUUGGAGAAACCUACGGUGGAGACCUCAAUAUUUGUUUCAUAGAGUAGUGUUUUUGGCACUUCAGUGAUUCCAUUUCUGUAAUCCAAAUGAUGCAAGUCUUCAUGUGAGAGAACCAUUCUCGUUCAUUUCUCAUUUGCUGAACGCUGAAGAGCAUGACUGGGACCAAGAUGGAGGUUUUAACGGGGGAAUACCUGGCAUGGUGAUUUUUUGUUUUGCCAUAACUUGGGGAAUGCUGUUCUUUGUAUGGCUAUUGUGCAUCUGAGAAUUCACCGAUUCUUGAAGACAGAUAAUUGUGGUAUUUGAGGUCCCAAGACGGAUUUGAACUGGUUAUAGGUAACAGUUUAUGAUGUUUUGAGUUCCUGCUAUUUUAGUCUUCAAUUGUUGCUACUGGAAAAACUGAUACACGCCCAACAAAAUGAAAAGGGGGAGUUGGGAGUUACAAACUGUGCUUUUGGUCCCCUAUCAACACCUUCACUAGGUGGACAUUUGUGGAAUUUGAACUGCAUCAAAUGAGGGCAAUUGUGGAAUUUAAGUUGAGGUGUGCCUCUGUCCUCUUCUCUCACAAACUCUCCCAUGCCGACUGAUGCACCGAACCACCGAUUUAAUUCCCCUAAGUGCCGCCCGCCAACUCUCCCCUUUCUCCAUCACCCCUCCUCAUCACCAUUGGGAAGAAUAUUAGACAAGAAAAAUUGACCUACUUGCAGAUGCAAGAUUUGGCGGUAGCCAUCAUAUUCUCCGCCGGCCUUCCGAUUCUCAAUCACCACCAAUUAAAAAUGCAUCUUGUCCCUGGCCCACCACUUCCCUCUUUUCUGCCAAAUAAUUGUUGGCUUCCCCUCCAUCCGUAGAUCCAAUAUGGCUGGUUAUUGGAGAUAAUUCAGGCUUACACAAAUGGGAGACCAAGAAUAGUCAUUGAAAGAAAACAACUAUGACUUCUACGCGGUUGUUUUCCUUAGCUGUUGUUUUCUUAUCUCAGCUACAUAUUAUUGUCAUCGCAGCGACUUCAUUAACGCCUGGUAGAAGUGGAUGAUGCAAUCGAAGAGAAUCGUGCCUUGGAUGACAAUGACGACCACCAACUCCAUUAAGGUACUUGAUUUACCAACUUUGAUUUGGAGGAGUUGCGAUGAAUGUGGCCAUGCACCAAAAUGGUUUCGCUUGAUUGCUGCCAUGCAGUGUGUAUCCACUAUGAUUGGUUUUACUUGUUUCAGAGAUUGAGUACCUUAAUGCUGAAUGUAAUGAAAUUAUUAUUUAUGGGGAGUUUAAGACCAGCAAUAUCCACCUUGACAAAAAACAUACGAGCAAAUAUUCGUCCCUAAAUUUUUUUGC